UUGCCCGCUGCCAGCUCCUCCCCGCGAGCUCCAGGGUUCUGCUUCCUCCCGCGGGGGUGUUUGAGUUCUGGGCCCUGCCGUGGGCAGUGGCGUUCCGUGCGGUACCCAAUGCCUCAGGCAGGACUGGAUGCUCAGGAGUGUGAGGAGGAGGCUGCCGGGGUCAUUAUGUGUGCGUCGGUCAAAUACAGCAUCCGGGGUCCCGCCCUCAUCCCGAGAAUGAAGACCAAGCACCGCAUCUACUACAUCACCCUCUUCUCCAUCGUCCUGCUGGGUCUCAUCGCCACGGGCAUGUUUCAGUUCUGGCCGCACUCCAUCGAGUCCUCGGGCGACUGGAGCGUGGAGAAGCGCAGCGUCCGAGACGUGCCGGUGGUCAGGCUGCCGGCCGACAGCCCGGUGCCCGAGCGCGGCGACCUCAGCUGCAGGAUGCACACGUGUUUCGACGUCUACCGCUGCGGCUUCAACCCCAAGAACAAGAUCAAGGUGUACAUCUACCCGCUGAAGAAGUACGUGGGCGAGGCGGGUGUCCCGGUGAGCAGCACCAUCUCCCGGGAGUACAACGAGUUGCUCACGGCCAUCUCAGACAGCGACUACUACACCGACGACAUCACCCGCGCCUGCCUGUUCGUCCCGUCCAUCGACCUGCUCAACCAGAACUCGCUCCGCGUGAAGGAGACGGCGCAGGCGCUGGCCCAGCUCUCCAGGUGGGAUAGAGGUACCAAUCACCUCCUGUUCAAUAUGUUGCCUGGAGGCCCCCCAGAUUAUAACACGGCCCUGGAUGUCCCCAGAGACAGGGCUCUGUUGGCUGGUGGUGGCUUUUCUACGUGGACCUACCGGCAAGGCUACGACGUCAGCAUUCCUGUGUAUAGUCCGCUGUCAGCUGAGGUGGACCUUCCGGAGAAGGGGCCCGGGCCGCGGCGGUACUUCCUCCUGUCGUCCCAGGUGGCCCUGCACCCGGAGUCCAGAGAGGACCUGGCCGCCCUCCAGGCCAGACACGGCGAGGCGGUGCUGGUGUUGGACAAGUGCAGCAACCUCUCCGAGGGCGUCCCCGCCGCCCGGAAGCGCUGCCACCAGCAGCAGGCCUUCGACUACCCGCAGGUGCUGCAGGAGGCUACUUUCUGCAUGGUCCUCCGUGGAGCUCGGCUGGGCCAGGCGGUAUUGAGUGACGUGUUACGGGCCGGCUGCGUCCCGGUGAUCAUUGCAGACUCCUACGUUCUGCCUUUCUCUGAAGUCCUUGACUGGAAGAGAGCAUCUGUAGUUGUGCCAGAAGAAAAGAUGUCAGAUGUGUACAGUAUUCUGCAGAGCAUCCCCCGAAGACAGAUUGAAGAAAUGCAGAGACAGGCACGGUGGUUUUGGGAAGCCUACUUCCAGUCAAUCAAGGCCAUCGCCCUGGCCACCCUGCAGAUCAUCAAUGAUCGGAUCUAUCCAUACGCCGCCAUCUCCUAUGAAGACUGGAACGACCCUCCCGCCGUGAAGUGGGGCAGUGUGAGCAACCCUCUCUUCCUCCCCCUCAUCCCCCCGCAAUCUCAAGGUUUCACGGCCAUCGUCCUCACCUACGACCGAGUGGAGAGCCUCUUCCGGGUCAUCACUGAAGUGUCCAAGGUGCCCAGCCUCUCCAAGUUACUGGUCGUUUGGAACAAUCAGAAUAAAAACCCUCCUGAAGAUUCUCUGUGGCCCAAAAUCCGGGUUCCAUUAAAAGUUGUGAGAACGGCUGAAAACAAGUUGAGUAACCGCUUCUUCCCUUACGAUGAAAUCGAGACAGAGGCCGUCCUGGCUAUUGAUGAUGAUAUCAUCAUGCUGACCUCUGAUGAGCUGCAGUUCGGUUAUGAGGUCUGGCGCGAGUUCCCUGACCGGCUGGUGGGUUACCCGGGCCGCCUGCACCUCUGGGACCACGAGACGAGCAAGUGGAAGUACGAGUCCGAGUGGACCAACGAGGUGUCCAUGGUGCUCACGGGCGCGGCCUUCUACCACAAGUAUUUUAAUUACCUAUAUACCUACAAGAUGCCUGGGGAUAUCAAGAACUGGGUGGAUGCUCAUAUGAACUGUGAAGACAUUGCCAUGAAUUUCCUGGUGGCUAACGUCACAGGGAAAGCUGUCAUCAAGGUAACACCACGAAAAAAAUUCAAGUGUCCUGAAUGCACAGCCAUUGAUGGGCUUUCACUCGACCAGACGCACAUGGUGGAGAGUUUCCUUUGCGGAAUCUACGUUUUUGCGCAAAACAGUGAAAGGAGUUAGCUGCUCUGCACCUUCUGACCUUGGGUUGAAUUGUGUGAUUCAGUAAGCUUAUUUAUUCUUAUGUUUGGGGUCUGGGAUCAGAAAUCUCAGCUGUGGAGGAGAGUACUUUUACUUUUUCCCUCCUGGAAACAGGUCCUGCUAUUAGUUAAUUUAAGAAAAAGAAGAUUUUGUAACUUCAUUUUGCCCAAUAGCUUUACCCAUGUCAAGACAGUAUGGCAGACAAACAAUGCUGAUUUAAGAAACAAACAUUGUAUUUUGAUUCAGGUCAGUCUUCAUUCAAAUUAUGAAUUAGCCACUUAUUAGCUGUCCAUCUUAAGGAAAUUGACUUACCUUAUCCUGAACUUCCAAUCAUUUCAUCUCUGAAAAUAAAUAUAUUUACUGUCAUAUUACUGUAUCCAUUCAGGAAUUCAACAAAUAGUUAUUGAGCAUUUUGGUAUCAGUGCUAGGGAUGAAAGAAGUAAUAAUACAGGAAAGUCUGUAGCCCGGGGCCUGGCAAGGUUAGUUCGCUUCCCAGUUUCCCCAGUGCUAACCCUCAGGCCCCUUGUUACUUUAGGUAAUAGCAUGAGUUUGAAAGGAAAACAGAAAGUUAUUAGUCUUUUCUCCCCUGGACAGUUGCAGCACUGCAGAGAUAGACAUUGGCCAUUCUUAGCCUAUCUGUACUUGGUUAGGAAACCAAGCUAGGGGGACAGUUACUGAUACGGUAGCUGGACCCCCAAGAGAACAACUCAGGUGGACCCACCAGCAACCAGCCCAACUCAUAAUCUACCCUAACUUGUUCCCCACCCCAGCUCCCCUGCAUGAAAUGAAGGUAGGAGACGCUGUUGGUACCUGGCAGUCGAGGACUUUGUACCAUUCAGCAUGGGCAGUCGCUUCUCCAGGGUGGGCUGCGUGGAGAGAAAGGAGGACUCAGUAGCCUGGGUCAGCCAGGGGCAGCUGUCAGCAAGUCAAGCUGGCCUGAGCCCCAGUGGCCUCUUGCCUGUAGCCCAGCCUGGUCGGCCAGUCUAGUUACAGAGGAGAUGUUGUCCUCAGUGCUCCCCAGGGGCCGUACAGCCACCAGCCCCUGCCAGGAACCGUGAUUCUUCUUUCAUCCAUGCUCGCCGGCACCCUAUGCUGGGCACGGCUGGGCUUUGCUGGCCAGAGUCUACAAGCAGAGUCACUGGAAACUACAAGAAUCUGUCCGUGUUUAUAGGCAGAACAACUGUCAAAAGUGAGACCUUGGGGAGGUUUGACUUAGUCUGCCGCUGUCUUGACCCCAUAAUCUAAGGUGAGAAGAGCUGUUGUCCAGUGCUUGCUUCCUGUCAUUUUAUUAAACUUCUCUGUCUUUUCCCCAGUCUCCUGUCAUUUUGGAACCCGAGACUGCGACCUCCUGGGUCUUGAAAGACUGCCAACAGGAGGGGAGCUCAGUGAUCUGAGGGCCAUUGUAGAAUGUGAUAGAAAGACCCAGGCCUCUGUUAUCAGCGCAAGCCUGGGAUUGAAGCCAGCUCUACCACCUUCCAGCUUAGGGUCCUUGGGAGAGUCCUGUAGCCUCUCUCAGCCCAAACUUCUCAAACGACACCUACCCUCGGGCGCAUGACGGGGGAUACUUAAAGCAAUUGCUGGGGUCAUGUAUGGAAAUUAGCUGGCACUUAAUAGGAAAUGGCAACCCACUCCAGUACUCUUGCCUGGAGAAUUCCAAGGACAGAGGAGCCAGAAGUCUGAAGGGCUACAGUCCAUGGGAUUGCAAAGAGUCGGACACGACUGUGCAACCAACUUUCACUUUUUCACUAGAUGCUUAACAGUUCUUAAUUUCCACCUUCUCUCUUUGGACCCUAGAAUAAUGAUAAUAAAUAAAUGUGUCUCAUCUCUUAGUGAAGACUUCAGCCCCAGCAACCAGAAUGCCUGGGUUUGGCUCUGCUCUUACCAGUUAUUUGGCUUUGGGCCUGUCUCUGAGUCUCUCUGUGAUAUGCCUCUGUCUCCCCAUUGUGCUGUGGGAAGGAUAGGAGACCUGCCUCAUGGGGUUGUUGUGAGGGGAGACGUGAGUGACUAGUACAUGUCAAGCGCUUUUAACACAGCCCAGAACAUAGAACAAAUGUUAGCUGCUGUUGCUUUGUGGCUGUGGGCACAGUGAUAUUAUUAGCUGGAAGAGCUCAAAAUGAGAUACUAACUCAUUCUGACCAACAGAAUAAGCCCAAGAAAAUGAUUGAUAAUAACUGGCUUCUUUAUUAAUUGGUUUCUUGCUGAAGCUCAAAGGACUCAAAUAAAAGCCGUCGAUUAAAAUAGCUUGAAGCAAGGCUUACAGUCUCCAAGGGCAGAAGAGCCUUGCAGUCUGUGUCUUGAAAUUCGGCCCUUCUCUGGGAACCGGUUCUCAGGUGCCGUGGGCCUGACUGAGGAGAGAGAAUACUGACCUCGCUGAAAUCCAUCCUUGAGGUCCCCUUAACUUCAAAAGCAGUUUUUGCGGGCUCGUUUUCCCGCUUUGGUCUGACGCUGAGAUGUCCUCAUUAUCCGCUGUCACACUCAGUUGGCCUGAUUGACCAGAACCUUUCCCCGCCACCGUGUGUCUGAGCCACUCCCCUCUGAGGGCGCUGCUCACGGGGUGGCGGUUAGAGGCUGCACCCUCUCCCUUCAUCCAGCGCUGCUAAGUCACUUGUUGCUGCUGAUUCUAACACCAGAGCAGCUACAAUUAUGAAAGCUGUCCAGUGUGAACUUUGGCCUUCACAGAGGAGCUUAUGGAAGUGGACUGAUAAUUCCCAGAGAUUGCCACUCAACAGCCCUCGAUAGAUGUCGGUUGAAUGCCUGAAAUGUUGUUUGAAAUUGAGGUUCAUGGCCCCCCCGUUGUCUCCUCUGCCUUCCAUCGCCCCACGUGUAGGAGCCUUCCUUCUCCCUUUUAAGCCCAAGCGAGCUAAAGCCGAGAUCCAAUCCUUUGCCUUCUCUUCAGCUGGCAGGGAUGGGGUUAAGGCCUGUUGGCAACUAAUCCACCUUGGUUAGAGGCCUGCUUGUAAGGAGCUGGAGGAAUGAAUGGAAUUUGAGGGGGAGGGGGAACGAUACUCUGACCUCUGCAGGCCCAUGGCCUUCAUACAGCUCAAACAGCACCCCUGGUUCCCUUUCUUCUUCUGAACUAAUAGAGCACCCCCAGAUCGCUUUGUUCCU